AUGAGCGCUGAUCUGACCGACAUGGUGGCCGAGGUGCUGGCGCUGCGGCUCCACACCGAGGGGUUGUGGGAGACGCAAGACCGACCAGCCGCUCGAGCGGCACACGGCAGUGGCGACGGCGACGGCGAGGCGAGCCAGGGGCUUGGCAAGGGGCCGGACGAGGUUUCUGAUGGCGACGCAGGUGGAGGAGGACGGCCGAUGCCGCUGACCCGCGAGGUGCUGGAGGAACGGAUGGCCGAGUCGCAAACAAAGAAGACGGGGCGGCUGGACCUGGCGGCGGCUGGGCUGACAGCGGUCGGGCGCGAGCUCAGCGCUGCUGGCGAGCUGGGCGGUAGCGUGACGGCGCUCGACGUCUCGUGCAACUUUCUAGCCGAGCUCGGCAACUGGCUCCCGGCGUCGCUGACCUCGCUGGCAGCGCACGCCAACAACUUGGCCCAUCUCGGCGGCAUCGAGUCGUGCCGGGCGCUGAAGCGGCUGUCGCUGGCGUCCAACGGUAUCCCGUCGCUGCAUCCGCUUGGCUCGCUCGUCCACCUCAAGUGGCUCGACGUGGCCGGCAACGCGCUCAACUCGCUGCGUGGCAUCGAGAAGGCGCGCGGGCUAGUCGAGCUCAACGCGGCCAGCAACGCUCUGACCUCGCUCGAGCCACUGGCCAAGGCAACAGCGCUGACCUCGCUCAACGUUGCUCGCAACGAGGUGGCGCAUCUUGCGCCUAUUGCCCAUCUGAGCGGGCUGACCCAGCUCGACGUGUCGGGCAAUGCCCAGCUCGGCGGCUCUCGCUGGCUCUCGGCGCUUGCCAAGCUGACGCAGCUGUCGAGCCUGGACGUGUCGGCGACAGGCAUCGACACCCUCGCCCGGCUCCCACGGCUUCCUGCACUCUUGCAGCUUUCGGUGGCGGACAACCCGCUGGCCGACGUCGGGCCGCUGGCAAGCACGGCGCCUGUUCUGCAGUCGCUCGAUGUGAGUGGAUGCCAGAUCGCGGCGACGAGCGCCUUUGCGCCACUUGCAACCGGCUGCCCGGAGCUGGUGGAGCUCGACGCCCGCGACACGCCUCUGUUUGUCGGCGAACCGUCGGCGAUGCUCUUUGCCGAGAUCAUCACCCUCUUGCCCUCGCUGGAGUACGUGAAUCUUAUGGUGGCCGACUCGAUUGCAGCGGCGGCAGCGGCAGCUCGCCCUCUGGCGCCGAUCACUCGCGACGCAGGUGUCGGUCCCGAGCCCGUGGCGGUGGUAGCGCAAGAGGAACCGCUCUACGAGCUAAGCGAGGAGGAGAUGGCGGCGCUCAAGGCCAAGUACAACAUCAAGUCCGACUACAUGCCGGGCUUCCAGGUCGACCCGAUGGCCGCGCGGCGAUUUGCGUUUCCGUCGGCCAGCCUCGGACUCUCGGACUCGCCACUGAAGGCGCCCGAGGCUCGAGCAUCUGCGGAGGUUGUUGUGCUAGCAGAGCGUGCUGAGCCCGAAGAGUCUGGAGUGGCGAGCGGAACACGAGCCAAGAGCGCGGAUGAGGACAACGGCAAUGAGGUCGCGGCCGCAAGGCCCGAGAUGGAGGCCGCCGACGCGCCGCCGCCCGACGCGGUGGCCGAGAUGACAGCGCUCGAGACGCAGAUGCUGCUGGACGACAUGACUGUGUCGCUCGGCAACUUUGCGGCACGUUUCGACGACGUCGUCGCAGGCCUUCGAGUGGGCGACGUUGAUCUACUCGCGCUCGAGGCGAGCGAAGCAGCAGCCCCGGUUGUGGCGCCGGCUCCGGUCCCGUCGCCGCCGCCACGACCGCGACCGACGUCGGCGGGACCUUCACCGCGGCGCGGGGGGCCGCGGGCACGACCGUCGUCUGCGCGACGGAGGCUAGAGAGGGCGAUGGCGUACGCGCAAGCAGUGGGGGACGACAAGGCGAGCACUCGGCGGGCCUGCGUCAAUGCCCAGGAUUGUGCCCGCGCGCCGCGGGUCGAGCCGCGGACGCGGACGCGUGGGCGGGCGAGGGCGCGGGCGCGGGCGCGGGCGCGGGCGGGGCCCCACUGCCCGCCGCCGGACUGA